AUGGAUCGUGUGCGGUCGCUGUUGAAUUCCAGGCGAGUAGUCAGAGUUCCGGAAGAUGAAGGUGAGAGGGUAUUGCUACCUCCGCAAAAUUCGGUGAGUGUUGAGUCCACAGCAGAGCAUCUGUAUAGACCGCAUGUCGGCGGGGAUGACGACGAUCAGAUGACAAUGAUUGACGGUGAUCGAGACGACAUGACUAUGCAUACUCUGCUUUCCGAGAGCUCUACAAUUGGUGAUUUCCAGAGACUCGGGUUUGUAAAUCGAUGUCCCAACUUCGAUAAUGAGCGGGUAGUGCCGUUUGUCUCUGUGCUUUUGAGUAGAGGCUUUUAUGCCUUUGCGAGUGAGGAGUCAUACAAGGCUUACCUGGGAAACAAGAGAAAGAUAGAAAAAUUUGAUGUGCAGUCUGAACUGGGAAUACCUCUGUUUCAUGCACUGCCGUCUAAUGUAGUUAAAUCGAUGUUCGGAUCAAGAAGUACUCCAGUGAUGAGGAUAUUCAAGUUUAUCGUGGUGCGAACAUGUGAUGCCAACGAUAAUGAGGGAAGCACUCGCGCUGAUGUGUUGGAUUUUGCUCCUCAGGGUUCCGAACUUGUAUCAGAGUUACAAGGCACUCCGUAUUCUGUCUACAAAUAUCAGUUCUGUACAAUAUUCAAGGCAGUUGACACUAAAACUGGUAAAGUAGAACAUAAGUUUGCGUUUAGUAAGCUAACUAGCGAUGUCAAGGACACUGUUAUUACGGAAAAUGUCAAUAUGACUAACUAUAUGCAGAGCAGAAACGCUGAUACGAACUAUGCAGGUCUAAACUUGAGGUGGUAUGGAUCGACUGGUUUUGCAAGCCCAUUUGGUUCUAACAACAUCAAGCUGCUGGUUCUUGAUGACUCUAUGCCAUCCUAUAUGACUCAAGAUACACUAAAUGACUAUGAACAGGCUAGAAGGGCGGAGAGACUCCGACCUUUAGGAUACCUUCCUGUAUGGGCUCGAUACUCAGAUGAUAAGGUUUCUGUGAUUCCGAAGAAACGGACGUUAAGAGUUGCCACACUAGAUAUAAAAGAACAGAAUAGAGAACUUUCUUCUGAUAAUCCAAAUACGGCUUUUGGCUUACCAUGGGACACACAGGUUUUAACUUGCAUGUGCAUGCUUUUACAUGAAUAUGAGUCUCGUAAAGACAAGAGACAUAAUGCGACUUUGCGUUCGCAACUAGUUGGUCCGGGAAUGUUGAUGUAA